ACUUGGAAGUCUGACCUUCCGCCAGCACACAGUUUGCCAUGCAGGGAUUGAAGAUUGCAAUACAGCAGCAGUGCACUUGAGGCUACACUAGGGGCGGAGUUUGACCUCUCAAGUCUCAAAACAUCACUAAUCCGCGUCGGACAUUCUGGCACAGGCCGUCACCAGCCCCGCUUGUGCACAAAAAAAAAAAAGCAGAGGUGGUUGGUGGUGGUGGGUGGGAGGGGGGUAGAAUUUUCACCGAAAUAACAGUGUCCCGACCGGGUCUGCGUGUGGCAUCAGACACAGAGUCGGGGCUGCCGCCUGUGUGUGCGUGUCGGAGGGAUUGGGAAUGCUGCACUAUGACAGAUAGUGCGUUACAUGCGUCUGGACAUAUCUGCAGUCGUUUCUAGCCAGUUUUAUUUUGCAGGGAUUUCGGGCGAGAAGUCGUGGGAUUUACGCGUUGACAGCUGGACCGCCCUGCGCCUUCAUUGGAGGCGAGCAGUCAAGUAUCCGCUUCCCUUUAAGAUCUUGUGCAGUCGCCAUUCAAUGUCCAGUAGCACAUGGCUGAGGCUGCCCUGUGGCUGAUCCUGACAAUGCUUUCAACUAACCGCUCUGGAGGUGCGUGGGGAUGAAAUGGAUGGAGCCCAUGGCCAGACCAACGCACCAGCUCCCACCUCCUGGCAUGUCCAGCUGCAGCAAGUCUCCCCCCAACUCUGGAGAAGUUGUAGGCUCUAACUCCAUGGCAUGGGUGAAGAUGUUCAAAAAACCCGGUGGAGGCCUGAAGAAAUCCUACCAGCCUGGGAGCAUGCUAUCUCUGGCGCUCACCAAGGGCCUGCUGAAUGAGCCCGGGCAGAAUAGCUGCUUCCUAAACAGUGCUGUCCAGGUGCUUUGGCAGCUGGACAUUUUCAGGAGAAGUCUGAGGCAGCUCUCAGGUCACUUCUGUCUGGGUGAUGCCUGCAUUUUCUGCGCUUUAAAGAGUAUCUUCAGCCAGUUUCAGCAGAGCAGAGAGCGUGUGCUCCCCUCUGACAGCCUGCGGAACGCCUUAGCUGAAACUUUUAAGGAUGAGCAGCGCUUUCAGCUCGGCCUGAUGGAUGACGCUGCUGAGUGCUUUGAGAACAUCCUGGAGCGAAUUCAUUUACACAUAGUCUCAGACACUUCGACUGAUGCUUGUUCAUCCAAAUCCUGCAUCACCCAUCAGAAGUUUGCAAUGAUGCUUUAUGAGCAGUUUGUGUGUCGCUGUUGUGGUGCAUCAUCAGACCCACACCCGUUCACAGAAUUCGUACAUUAUGUCUCAACCACUGCUUUAUGCCAACAGGUUGAUCGUAUGUUGGGGAAGAAUGAGCGGCUCAGGUCAGACAUGUUUGGAGAAUUGCUGCAGGCAGCAAACAACACAGGUGACCUCCGGAGCUGCCCGAGUGACUGUGGUCAGAGUAUCAAGAUCCGCCGUGUGCUCAUGAACUGUCCAGAGAUCGUGACUAUAGGAUUUGUAUGGGACGCUGAGCAGUCUGAUCUUACCGACGAUGUCAUUCGGUCACUUGGCCCACGUUUGAACCUGUGUGGGCUUUUCAACCGUGUCACCGAUGAAAAUGCCAAACGGAGUGAGCUACAUUUGGUGGGGAUGAUCUGUUUUUCGAGUAAACAUUACUCAGCUUUUGCCUAUCACACCAAAUCUUCAAAAUGGAUGUUUUUUGAUGAUGCUACUGUAAAGGAGAUUGGAUCCAAAUGGAAAGAUGUUGCCUCUAAAUGUAUCAGGGGACAUUUCCAGCCACUUCUUUUAUUUUACACCAAUCCCGAGGGAAGUCCAGUGUCUAAUGAAGAUGCACCGAGACAAACCUCAAUGUGUCCUCGGUACAAAGCCCAAGUAAAUGGUGACGUGACGGCCAAACAUCCCCUCGGCAGUCCUAACAAAUUCCAGGAACCUUUCAUGGAGAAUUUGCAGAGGCCAGGUGAAACAUCAAAAAAGGACAGAGAGAGACAUCGAAGAACGGACCCUUCACAACACAAAGAGAUGGCACAUUCAAGACCUUCAUCUCCUCCAGAGAAUGGACUGAGGCCUCCUGCAGACCAAAAGUUAAAAAGCUAUCAACGUGCUGAGAAGUCAUCAAACCAUUCGAGCAGAGGAUCUCAAGAGCCACGUGGACAGUCCUCGGGUACACACAGCCGGAAAAACAACACCUCCCCGAGUCGCUAUGAUCAGGAUAGCUGCCAGGAGCAAUGGGAAAAAGGUGGAAGUGGAGGAAGCCGCAAUAAAUCCAAGUCCACUUGGAGACCCAUUCGGGAGGUGUUAAACGUUGACACUGUCCUGAACGAACUGGAGCAGCGCCGGCAGCAGCAACACGAUAGCCCGCGGCGCACUAAGCCUUCAAGCCAGGAAAGGGUGCACGCCGAACCGAGUCGGGAACGUGAUCGGGAAUAUGUACGAACCAGAGAGGAUCGAAAGCAGAAGUGUUUAAUGACGAUUUAUGAGGAUGAGCAGAGGCACGAGACUGAGAGCCACAGCUCUGUAGAGUCGGAGAGCAGGGCCAACCAGCAGAGGGGCAGCAGGCUCAAGGGUGGUCCUAAGACUCUGCUGCGUAGUGAUACCUGGACCAUCCAGAGGACAGAGUCUGGCUACGAGAGCAGUGACAGACUCAGCAGUGGCUCCACCAAUCCUGACUCACCUGGGGUUGAUGGCUUUGCUGUUAAAGACCAGAGAUCAACACCAGAGGCACAGCUGCAAAGCCAGCUGCACCAAAAGGGGGUUGAUGGAAAAUCAAGUAUAAUGUCCUCACCUUCACACAACGGUAAACAUCAACCCAAACCUCAGGGAAAGAACCAUGAUCAAGUUUCACAUUCACAUCUAAAGUGCAGUCCAAGUUCGAGACGGAAAUCAAAGUACACUUCUAGCACCUCCAGGAAAGCAGUGUCUUCAGAGAGGGACUCCACUGGCUCUGAUAACAGACAGAGUGAUCAGCAGGAGCUGACAAACUGUAGAGAAAGUACACCCCUGAGGCACAUCACAAAAACCAGCAGCUCAGAAUGGAACAGCUCAGAUGAUCUUGCUCUCUCUGAGCCGGAGGACAGAGAGAGCACGUACCGCUCCAGCAACAGCGAGGCCAUCGCCUCGGAUUCCCAGUGUCCUCAUAUAAACCUGCCCUACCACCCUCCCAGCAACGUGACUGCGGAACCUCUCCAACUGAACAAUCAGCGCCACCUUAGUGCGACGGGGUCGCCUCACCUCCGAGCCACCCAGCGGACCGCCCCUCACCAGGGCGAGACGAGCCACGCCAUAUUUCGCCCCAGGAUGCUCCAAGAUCCUUUCCCAUCAAGUCCUCGUCUUUCAUCCACGUCUUACGUCAGUCCUCACAGGAAGCCUGACAUGGCGGGCCUCCGAACCUUCUCAGAUGCAAGCUCCAAGUCGGGCUCUGACCCAGAGAGGAGUACCCCAUCGUCAUGUGAGAGUGAGGAAAGACUAACUGGAUGCAGAGUGGAACAACCCGUGCCGGCUCAAGAGGUUUCUCUGACGACGUACUUCAACGUGGACAACUGCAUGACAGAAACAUACCGUCUCAAAUACCACAACCAGAGGCCUCUUGUUCUCUCUGCGACGGUGCCACGGACAGUGGUCGCAACUGAACGCAGAGAUACCAGCCACACACUCCCCACCGACACACACUCACAAGAUGUGCCAAAAGCCAGACCUGAAACAAGCCAUAAUAGCAAUAAACCCACUGCAAAAUGGAACCCAGUGACAGCCAAAGGACUGGAUGAACGUGGUUUUUUAUGAGAGUUACUCGGUAAGUUUUGUUUACAAAGAUGGACAGUGGUCAGUGAGAGUACUAACUGGAUGCCAAAGAGUUUAGAGAAUGGAAAGAUGUUCUGAAGCCCGACAUCACCAAACUGAGUGAAAUUUAUUUAUGCAAGCUUUGUCACAUAAGUAAAACCUAUUUCUAAAUGCUGUUACGUAUUGUUUGAUGGAUUAUCAACUAUUACAUAUGCUGUCUUCCAUUGUCCUGCAGUACUGCUGCGAGAAGAUUUUGUUUGAACCAAAAUCUGGACUGUUUUCAGUUUGCACAAAGGGUUUCUGAGUCUUUUAAUCACCUUAUGUCGAGUUUAAAAUGUUUAUUUUUUUAUUUGUACAGUAGCUCUGCAGAAGUGCUGCAGAACUGAAGAUAUACAGAUAUAUGUAAAGUCAGGCAUGAGAGAUUAUGGUAAGCCACCAUCAGACUGUGGUUUGUUCAGUUAUUAUAACAUGAUGAAAGAAUCAAAUGUGGUGACAAAUCACAGCAUAAUGACAUGAAAAGGUAUGUUAAUGAUACUUUAUCAGAAUAUGAUGUCAUUCUACUUUAAAAAAAAAAAACCUACAGGUUUGCAUCUUCAGCAGCAGGUUUAAGGUUGUUCAUUUAAUCACCAAAGGAGAGUGAAUUCAUAAGAUCGGACCUGUUCUUCAUUAAUGCCUGGGCAGCUUACUGACUUUAUGCACAUUGAGGGCUUUGGGUCGCCAGGGAACAGACGUUGCAACAUUUCCUUGUAUUUAGUUACUGAUUUGUUUCAGCUGUUAUCAUUUAUCAGUUCUUUUACAACAUUUAUGUGUUAAUGAAUGACUGAGGGCUGCCCCGGAACAGUACAGCCUACUCGGCUCUAAGAAUCUGUUGAGAAAGAUUCUUGUUUGUUCAUUGUUUCAAAUAACUUGUUUCUUGGAACAUUCUGGGCAGAUUUCAUGCCAUCAGUUAAAAAUAUGAGUGUGAUGUUCUGUAGUUGGGCCAGCCCUCAGAUUAUUCAGCAGGUCACUAUAUACGAUCAUGUAACCUUGUGUAUUCUACCUUUGAUUGUGCUGGUUCUUGUAAUCCUUUUUUUGUAAUUCACAGUGAUGUCAAAUUGUAUUUUUUUCAGUCUUCCUCUUUAAGUAGAACGAUUUAAACAGGUCUGUAUUUGCAGGUAUUUUCAUAAAGAUGCCAACAUGAUUAAUAUGCCUAUCUGAUAUUAUCAUUAUUGAUCAUACAAAACAACACACAAGUAUUCGUGUUAAUAUGGUUAAUGUUCUGAAACCUGCAUGUGGCCUUUACAAAGUCUUACUAGCUGCGUGUACAGCAUAAGCAUGAGCAUGAAAAUACUGGACUGUGAGUCCAACGAACACAAAUUCUAUUGGAUUUUACUUAAUUGUAAUAAAAUAAAUCCAUUAAAUAGCAUUUUCUCACUACAGUUGAUUUGAUAACGUUUUAACACGUGAAGGGUGUUCUGUUCUCUUACUCAUGCAAGAACACAAAUUUCUGUUUAUGCAUCCAUUGUAAAUAUAAAUGUAUGAUGCAAACAGUGCGCUGAAAAACAACGACUGUCCGAGACAUACUAUUCAUUCACUAAAAGUUACUUUAAAAUGACUUUUUUGGCGUUUUUAAAGCUUUGUAUUCUGUACAUCAGACAUUCCCGAGGACACAUUAAAAUCAGUGUUGCUCAGUUUCUCAAAUAUUAACAGCAAUUUUAUUUUGUGCUCACAUAAUUGCCAAGUCUUUUCCUAAACAUCCUGCCAUUUAUACAGACACGUAUGUUUUCACUCGCUUUGCGUUUUCAUGUCGCCACAAUAACCUUUUGCUCAGCUGUUUUUACUGCACAUACUGAGUCAGUACAUUUGCUGUUUGUGUGUAUUGUGUUUGAGCUGUCCGACAUCAAGAGGAUAGUGUGUAGAGAUUUAUGAGUGUGUGUAAUGUGAGCAUCUACUGGCAUUUUUCACAAUUUAUUUAUUGACACUUUUUAAAGUCAAGAAAAAAGAAGGCAUACAAUGUAACUGAGCUAUUAAGAAUUAUAUUUAAUUAAAAAUUUUCAAUUACUCACAGUGACACAUGCCUUUAAACAAGUUGAUUGUGCUGUAGAAAUUAUAUUUACAUUUUUUUACUGUUAUUUAAUAUAUCUAAUAUAUUAACUAGAUGAAGAAAUCAAUCAAAAUGACUAAAUUACUGGAUUAGAUGAAGCUGAGUUGAGUAUAUUAACCAGGUUAUCUUAAUGUUGUCUCACCUGCAAAGUGUUUUUGUGGUUUGUUACGUGACUAAUUGUUAUAUCAUUUAUCUACAGUAUUUUUCUUGUUAUUUAAUUAUUUUCUGUAUCUGUUUAAAAAAAGAAAGAAAAGAAAGAGGAAUUCUAUUGUUUUCACACAAGUUUUAUUUUACAUUCUGAACUUUGUGUCUUCAGUUGUAUUAAGAGUGCCUUGACAUUUUCGGUGGGACAUGUUUUUUUUGUUUUUGUUUGUUUUGUUUUUUUGAGCGAAAACACACUUAUGGAAUGAAGGCGAUGAAUGAAAGGAUUGGAGGAUGUCAUGCAAAACUUUUGAAUAUGCAAUGCUAAUAGUGACAUAUCUGAUGACGUUCCUCUGUGUGCACCAUUGUACUGUAUUUGUGUUUGUGUGUGUGUGUGUGUGGGGGGGAGUGGUAGAGGGAUGGAUUUGUGCCAAGUCUAAUAUUCCCUAAAAGCCCUUUCAGACUUUGAAGCCGCAACCUCAGUGGGUAGCAGCAAACUCAGCAGUUCGCUCUUCAUCCAGCUGCAGCUGGCAAGUUUGACAUGUUCAAAUGUCAUCAGAGCUUGGUGCUUCUAAGUUUGUAGGAGAUUUAAUGCUAAAAAAAACCAAAAAAAAACAUGUUUUUUCCUCCCAGUGCUUAACUCCGGUUGUUGUAUGUAUAUGUGCGGAAGCUGAUAAUUGGUUUUCCUCUUGCACCCAUGAUCCAUAACCUUGAGUUAAAGGCUUUAUAUUCUCUAGUCGAAAGGUCUUUUUGUCCCGUGUCACAUAACGUCACAGUUGGCAUUGCAUCAAUCCAUAUCUUUUACCUUGUGCUAAUAUACAGGGACAGAACCUAAUCACACUGUACUGCAUCAACACUCGAGAACAAAAGAGAACUUUCCGCAUUAUGACACUGAUUUUACCUGAUAAGUUACUGGCUGAUGCGGCCUGACGUAAAGGAUCCGUAUGCCUCACUGAAUCCUACUGUCAUACCUUUGUGUGUGUGGGUUAGGAUUCAGCCUGACAUUACUGCUGAGUUGAGUUGUCGGUGCUUCAGUGAAUAACUUCAUGACUUGCGUGAGUACAGACCAAGAAACAUGUAAAAUCUGUCUACACUUUAUAUUUUUGUAGAUAAUAUAUAUUUAUUUUUAUUCAUUGUUGAAUAAAGUUUAAAUUAUUGUAUCACUCUAAAA